CGAACCGAAUGAUUGACACCAAUGUAUCGGUUGAAAUUUAACAUGUCAUAGGAGGAUCCAUUUGUCCACCAAAUUUCGGCUUCAGAAUCUAGGUGGUUCGUGGCAGAUAUUCCUCGACGGAAAACCGAGAGUGCCAAACCCUAAAAACGGAGCAGAACGGAAACCUCUUAUCUACCUGAGCUGAAUUUCUCAAGUACACCCUAACAUUGAACCAGAAUUCAGAAGGCGAAUGUUUCCUGGCAUGUUCUCCUAAAAUGCUCUGCAUAUCCGCCAUUGGCAUCAGUUAGCUUGGUCUGGUGCGGUCUCCCGCUGCUAACUACCAAUUAUGUCCUGCGAUCGCUCCAUGGACCGAAGAGAAGAGUCUCAGGCUGGCAACGGCAAUGGCAACGGGGUUGUCGCCUCGAGUCGCCCUCUGUUGGCUAGCCAGAGGCUUCGGUUGAGUCCAAACACCGAACACGUGCCGGAGAACUACGAUGAUCUACAAUUGGAGUUCGUUCCUUCUGUUUUCAGUUCUCUUGAGCGAUACCUUCCUCCGAGCAUGUUGAGUAUUUCGCGAGAAGCGAAGGUCCAGUACAUGCGAGAAAUAUUGGCGCGGUAUUCGUCCGAGGGGGAGCGGACUAGAGUUCAGAAGCAUAGAGAAUACCGACAGAAGAUAAUAUCACAUUAUCAGGAAUAUCAACUGGAGCCAAGACUAUGGAGUUUCAGUCUCCCUCUGGUGGAGAAUCACCACACAAGAUCUCAAGAGGAAAGGAAGAG